CCCACCAUUCGCUCAGUGGCUGUUGUCAACCAAAUGCGUUAACGCUUUGACAGUUCACUGUCAAAGUGUUAUGUGAAACGAAAUUUACAGUGUUGUUUGUCGUCGAUUCCGAAUAUUUCGCUCAAAAAUUAGUUGCUAAACUCCUCGUCCGCGCACCAGCACCGAAACCGCCAAAAUGCCGGCACCAGCACCAGCUGCCGAAAAUGGGGCCCCCAGGACCGAACUGCAGGAGCUGCAGCUCAGAGCGGGACAAGUCACCGAUGAGUCUCUGGAGAGCACCCGGCGCAUGCUACAAUACUGUGAGGAGAGUUCGGAAGCCGGUACCAAGACGUUGGAAGCACUGGAUCAUCAAGGCGAGCCACGAGGUCGGGAUGAAAACCCUGGUCAUGCUGGAUGAACAGGGCGAACAACUGGACCGUAUCGAGGAUGGCAUGGACCAGAUCAACGCUGAUAUGCGAGAGGCCGAAAAGAACCUUACCGGGAUGGAAAAAUGUUGCGGACUUUGCGUUUUACCAUGUCAGAAGGGCUCGUCGUUUAAGGAGGACGAGGGCACAUGGAAGGGCAACGACGACGGGAAGGUGGUGAACAACCAGCCGCAGAGAAUGAUGGACGACCGCAACGGAUUGGGACCUCAAGGAGGAUACAUCGGACGUAUAACUAACGACGCUCGCGAGGAGGAGAUGGAGGAGAAUAUGGGACAGGUUAAUACCAUGAUCGGGAAUCUGCGUAACAUGGCCAUCGAUAUGGGCUCGGAGUUGGAGAAUCAAAACAGACAGAUCGAGCGUAUCAAUCACAAGAGCGAGUCCAAUGAAACAAGGAUACAGAUGGCCAACCAACGUGCCCACGAUCUUCUCAAGUAGACACACAACACAAAAACACUAAAAUGAUUACAGACUUUGAUUGCAAACCUGAUCCGUUCCCAAGUUUUUGUGCAUAAUGUUAUAUCACUACUUAAAAUUAUGACAAUAAACUCCUGGCUAUUACCCAAAGUCGGUUUUUGUUGCGUUACUAACGAUUCCGAGGGCCGGGAACGGAUGGGGUUGGGCCGUAGUUUUUUGUGAUGGGGCACACUGGUUAUAUGUUUGUUGGUUAGGGUGAGAGCAACGAAACGCGCAUUGCAAUGGCAAACCAGCGUGCCAACAAACUCCUCAAGUCCUAAGGGGAGUGGGACACAAGUCGCCUUUUAUACUCUUCUAUCAAUUCUCGAUGUUAUGGCUUAGUGUUACCUAGUUUACGAGUAUUACUAUAACAUCAUUAUAAUGUCAGGUAGGGUUAAUAUUGAAACCUAUGGCCGGUUCUACGUUGCAUUCUGUAGAGCUAACCGUUUAGUGUGUCUGUCAGGUUCUUUUAGCGAUAACGCGCAAUCGAUUACGUUCCUAAUUAUGCUCAUUUAUAACACUUAUAAUGCUUAGUAUCCACGUUAUAGCUCUUUGUAAAACUGUAUGUAGUUAGGGAAAGCACAAAUUCGCACACUUCCUGGAUGAAAUCCACUCUAGGCUAUUUUUAUUAAUUAGUUGAAGAGUUUGAAAAUUCAAUUUCGGUAUGUCUACUUACACGCCGUCGCGGCGAGGAUUUUCUCAAGGUGUGGUGCUAAUUGCCGGCGCUUAGUUAGUAGUUCAUAACUUGUACCAAGUAUUCAUAUUCAAAAUAAAUGUGAUGUGAGUUUUGGAAGAUUUGAAAUUGUUAAGUCCACAUUGUACAUAAGAUUGUCCCUAUAACUGUAUAUAUUGUUGGUAUGUGCACUAGUAUCAUGGAACUUACCCUAGUUGGUUAGAUUCUUUUUAAAUUCACAUCAAAACUUAUUCAAUUCUUUUGCGAAGGGGGUGAGUUCACGAAGAAUUGUUUUGUUCAAGUUUGGAACAGAUUAUAUACAAUUGUUAGGGGAACGCAGAUCGGAAGCCUGAAAGGCUAUAGCCUUUUUUCUAGUUGAAAUGCAAUCACUGUGAUUAGUCAUAUCCAAAUUGUUCCCAAAGGGGUGUGAAUAUUUUUGUCCUGACAUCUUCCAUUAUUUAAAAACUUAUUUUUUUUUAUUAUGUACAGUAACUUUAGUUCUAGUGCUAGUUUUUUGAUAGUGUUAAGAUGGACGAGUGAUAUUUACUUAUUAAGAAAAGAUUAAGCGUUACGUCAUUGAAAUGCUCAAAGUAUCUUGGUGACUUAACGUUCGCUGAAUUUUUUAUUUAUUGUCUUAGCAAAAUAGACAAGCUUCUUAGUCAUUUGGCAUUCAAAUCGAUAGUACCUAAUAAAUUAUUUAUAUUAUUGCAUAACAUGUAUUCUAAUAAUGUAUAGAGUAGGUGAUUUCAAAUUACAAAAUAAAAUGUAUUAUUCGA